GAAGCUCACUCAAUCGAUUGUUUUGUGUCAUAACAAGAAAGUGAGAAACCUGACCCAGAACAAGAAUCUCUUUUACAGUUCGACAAAAUUCCCGUGUUGUUUGACUAGAAAAGGCGGACACAAUGAAAUUCCAAUACAAAGAAGAGCAUCCCUUCGAGAAGAGGAAGUCCGAGGGCGAAAAAAUCCGCCGAAAGUAUCCCGAUCGAGUGCCAGUGAUCGUGGAGAAGGCCCCCAGGGCCCGCAUCGGCGACUUGGACAAGAAAAAGUAUCUAGUUCCUUCGGAUUUGACAGUUGGACAGUUCUAUUUUUUGAUUAGGAAGAGGAUUCAUCUGAGGCCAGAGGAUGCGCUAUUUUUCUUUGUAAAUAAUGUCAUUCCCCCUACGUCAGCUACGAUGGGCUCUCUCUACCAGGAACAUCAUGAAGAGGAUUUUUUCCUGUACAUUGCUUAUUCCGAUGAGAACGUUUACGGUGCAGAGGAGCUUUAAAUAAUUUUACAAGUCAUUAAUUUUUAUAACUAUCUAAUUAAAAUAAAACAGCGGUAAACAUAGUUUUUAUUUUAUAUAACAUAUUUUUGCAUAUUGUUUGACUUGGUAAACUCAAUUAUUGUGAUAGAUUAGUGUUGUUCAUGUUUUAUUUGCUAGGGUUGAAAUAAAGGUCUUAUUUUCAGUAUAGGUGUGACGCAGAGCAGAGGAUUUAUUUCAUCCACAUUUGAAUCACGAGUAUUAGAAUUAUCUUGUGUAGAAUGUAGACAGACACAAAUAAAAAGUUUAAAAAUAA